UGACGCCCCCGAACCCAGCUGCAGAAGCGGCCGCCACCUCCAGUGCACAAGGUGUCUCUUCUGAAAAGAAAUCUGAGCCCCAGGGAGGCAGCGCGGAGAGACUAGGGCAGGGCUGGCGGGAACCGCGAGGGAGAGCGCUGGGCAGCGUUGAGAGACCAGCGGGAGCUCGGCCGCAGAGGACCCUCGAGACCUGCUGCUGAAAUCCCAGCCCCACGCUCUCCUCGCGCUUUACAGAUUACCCCCCACGUCCCCGCGACUACAUCUCCCCAAAACGGAGCCUUCACAUGAAGAGAAGGUGAGGGAGCUGGGGCAACCAGGACUUUCCCGGGCACCCAAGAUGCGCUCCAUUAGGAAGAGGUGGACGAUCUGCACGAUAAGUCUGCUCCUGAUCUUUUAUAAGACAAAAGAAAUAGCAAGAACUGAGGAGCACCAGGAGACGCAACUCAUCGGAGAUGGUGAACUGUGUUUGAGUCGAUCACUUGUCAAUAGUUCUGAUAAAAUCACUCGAAAGGCUGGCUCUUCAAUCUUCCAGCAUUCUGUAGAAGGUUGGAAAAUCAAUUCCUCUUUGGUCCUGGAGAUAAGGAAGAACAUUCUUCGUUUCCUAGAUGCAGAACGAGAUGUCUCAGUGGUCAAGAGCAGUUUUAAGCCUGGCGAUGUCAUACACUAUGUGCUGGACAGGCGCCGGACGCUGAAUAUUUCUCGGGAUCUGCAUAGCCUCCUACCCGAAGUUUCACCAAUGAAAAAUCGCAGAUUUAAAACCUGUGCAGUUGUUGGAAAUUCUGGCAUUCUGCUAGAUAGUGAAUGUGGAAAAGAGAUCGACAGUCACAAUUUUGUAAUAAGGUGUAAUCUAGCUCCUGUGGUGGAGUUUGCUGCAGAUGUGGGAACUAAGUCAGAUUUUAUUACCAUGAAUCCAUCAGUUGUACAAAGAGCAUUUGGAGGCUUUCGGAAUGAGAGUGACAGAGAAAAAUUUGUGCAUAGACUUUCCAUGCUGAAUGACAGUGUCCUUUGGAUCCCCGCUUUCAUGGUCAAAGGAGGAGAGAAGCACGUGGAGUGGGUUAAUGCAUUAAUCCUUAAGAAUAAACUGAAAGUGCGAACUGCCUAUCCAUCACUGAGACUUAUUCAUGCUGUCAGAGGUUACUGGCUGACAAACAAAGUUCCCAUCAAAAGACCCAGCACAGGUCUGCUCAUGUAUACACUCGCCACAAGAUUCUGUGAUGAAAUUCACCUAUAUGGAUUCUGGCCAUUCCCUAAGGAUUUGAAUGGAAAACCUGUCAAAUAUCAUUACUAUGAUGACUUAAAGUAUAGAUACUUUUCCAAUGCAAGUCCUCAUAGAAUGCCAUUAGAAUUCAAAACAUUAAAUGUGCUGCAUAAUAGAGGAGCUCUGAAACUGACAACAGGAAAGUGCGUAAAGCAAUAAAGCACAUCUGAAAAUACAGACUGAAUAUGCACUUCUUUUCUGAAGAUGCUUCCUGAGAUUUGCAAAUAGGAUCCAAAACAAGACUGGAUUUCAGCAUCCACCACUUAUCUGAAAGGUGAUAAAGGACAUUCAUGAGAAAUCCACUACCAGCUGAUGAAAUACCUGCAAAGUGCUCUAAAAAUUAUGUAUUUUGACUUCAAGGGUCCUAGUAAGUGCCACUUCCACUAAGAACACAGUUUGAAUGUAUAAACAGUAGUGUUUACAAGAUCCAACAAUGCACUUGUCAUUAGUUAAUGAAGCAAAUAUGUUCAUCACUGUUGGGCUGCCACUGCAAGGCCAAGCACAUGAGAAGAGGAACCCGGGAACACAACUCAGCCCUCGGGAAAACUGAAGCGUCCUGUCAGCAGAAAUCAAGAGGGAAACAGUUUGAGCAGUGAAAUCCUUAAGAUUAAACAACUCAAGUCAAUGCCUUCAGUCAGGACUCUGUGUUUGAUCAUGAAUUUUAUGUUUUUGUUUCUGUUCUUCUUUGCCUUCUGGAAUCUCUUUUGGUUUUGGUAUUGGGGUGCUUAGAAAUCCUUUCUGAGAUAAAUAUGAAUGAGAUGAAUAAUCUGCAAGUGAUCAUUUUUGAAGUUCUUAUAUUUUUAAAGAGUUAUCCCACAAUGACUUUGUAAAAAGGUUUUAUUUUGCACAACUGUAAACCUCCAGAUUUUUUUCCAAUGGUGUAGAAGGUACCAGCUAAACUGCAUCACUCGGUAAUCUUGAGCCAUUCUAAAGGAAAGAUAUUCCGAGAUGAUAAAAUUAGCAGGAAAAAAAAAUGUACUUUUGGUACCAAAGAUUAUAAUGAUGUGUCUACACAACAAACCAUUCUCCUUUCAUGAAGAUAAUAUAUUAAUAUAUUAUUAUGCUACUAAUAUAAAAGUUGUCUCUGGAUAUUUUAAACUUUUCAAACUUUAUUUUUAUUUGACAGAAGAUUCCACAGCUUUUACAUUUCAUAAUGAUUUUGUGGAAGCAUUUUGCCCUUUAGAGUAAAUGUUCAACUGAUAGGGCUGGAAUGUGACUUCUAGUUCUUUGAUAUCCCCCUUGUUAUUCAGAUGGAAAGACUGGCACGCUCUCUAGAUUAUUGUUAAAUUCUCUUAGUGCAAAAAUAAUAUGAUUGAUAGAGUGUUGUUUUCAUCACAGACAUCAUUACUUUUAAGAGGUUUAACAAUGAAACUGUACAUCAGUAUUUUGCACUUCAAGUUAAAUUAACUAAUAUUUUUUUCUGUAGUUAAAUUUAUUCAUAUUAUCACAUUAAUGUGUUUUCAUACAAGCACAUGAAAUUAGUAAUAAAAAUUUAAAAACUUUUAACAUAUAGCAGAAUUGACUAGUAGGCCAAUUUCUGGUAAUUAGUAUGCUGGUAGGUAAUUCUGAUGGUAAAUUGUUUCUUUAGAAAACAGAAGUGCUAUGUUCCCACUUUUGCUCUUGACCUGAAACAACAUAGAUUACUUCUUGUUUCUUAGGGAAGGCAGUCUGAGAAAAGAAGAAAUAGCAUGAGGAAUAUAUGUACGUUUUCAAGGACAAAGGAUAUUCAUGGUAGUACAGUUCUCAAUAGUAUGUGGUAUUCUUUUUUAAAAUAUGGUAGAACCUUGGGAUACAGAAGAUUAUAUUUUCUGAGAAUUUAUGUAUCUCUGAGAAAACAAAAUAGAAUCCAUAAAGGAGAUGCAUAGCUAAAAAUGGAUAGAACAUGAUGUGCUUUUAUCAUUGAACCUCUUAUUUAUUGGAAAUUUUUGAAGAAUUGGGUCCAUAUUCUGAAUGUAAACUUGAAAAAUCGGAUUUACUUAACGAAUCCAAAAUAGGUUAAUUACCUAAUUUGGACUAUUUGCAGACAGGUUGUUUGAGUAGCCUUUAGUUUGAAUUCAACAGAAAUGUUUGAAGUCACAGGUAAAUCCUUAUAGAUAAAAUCCAUCUCAGAACUCACUGAAAGUAUGUCUCAAGAAGCAGCAGCAAGGUACCUUGCCGUUUUUACUGCAUUUUUCAACAAAUGCAUUUAAACAACUCUUAAGGCCACAGCGAAAGCGUCCCCGACGUUCACUGUUCUGUGCGGUGGUGUUUAUCCCGUAGAUGCGUUGAGUAGUGCCUUUUUAGCUUCACGUGGCUUUGUUGGCCUAGGCUUUGUGUUCUCUAAAUACGUUGCCCAGUUCUGAAUACGCUCAGCAUGUAAAAAGGGCUUCAGUAUCGACUGAGACUACUUUUGUUCAUCUCAGGGAACUUUCAAUACUCAAGAAUGAAUUCAAUUAAAGGCAGUUAGUGUUCAAAGACAAACUGUACAAGACCAUUUCAUUCCCUAUUGGAUACCUUUCCGUGUCCCUCCCCCUUCACAUCCGCUGUGGCCUUCUCACAGGGACAGGGCAAGGACGUCACCGAAGGCUAACAGCAAAAGGAAGAAAAAGAAUUGAGAUUUAACCCACUGGGGGCAAAAGGGAGCGUGAUGAAAUCAGAUUAUAAAUACAUACUUGAAACACCUGUUUGUUUGUUUUUUUUCCUUUGGAGACUAUCAUAUGUUCACAGCUUUAAUCUUUUUAUUUCUUUUCCACGAUGUAACCCUGUACCUGGCAGUGCUCGGGCAGCUGAUUGUGAACUAUUCCUGUCCUUCAGAGAACGUGGUUGUUACUGUGCUGUUGACAAGAGUAGGCCGUAGGAACAUUUUCAUCAUUAUUACCCAGCCUGUCGUGUACUUAAUAUUAAGUUGCUGGAAUACAAAAGAAACAAAUAACUUAGUAACAGAUUCUUCUGGGCAAAUCCAAUGAUUUGGCCCACAGGACUGAUGAAAUGACUGGAAGUUUUUCUACCUGAAGAAGGUGCCGGGCAUUCCGAUGUCUUUAUGUAUCGUCUAGCGUAGGAAAUGUCUAUCAAUUGCUAAUGAGGAUUUCUACGUAUAUGCUUACAGAAGAAAUUUAUUUAAAUAAGCUAUAGGUAGUGUACAUACCAACUAGUUAUUAAGCUACAACACAGGAAAAGGGUGAACAAAGUAAUUUAUUUCUAAUUGAGCUGGUUAGUCAUAAUGCACACAGUGUGGUAUUUAGUUCAUAAAAGACUCGUUUUCCCGUGGAUAUUGUUGGGAAUAUCUGUAAUUGUGGAAGGGGUGUAGGAAGAGUUAUGUAUAGUUAGUUGUUACCUCUACAAGUUUUGAGAGUUUCCCCAUCAGACAUUAUCAAUAUACCAGUGUUUUGCAAAUGGAGUGAGGGAAGGUUAUUGUUCAUAUUUGUUGAAAGAAAAUCCAAAUAAAGCCCACCUAGAAAUAGAUAUUUUAUUAUAUAUGUGCUAUAGCUAUAUCUACAUAGUACAAAUAGACAUGUGUGAUGCAUAUAUACAAUGUUAUAUAUGUGUGUCUGUGUGUAUACACACUGAGUCUGUAAUAUACACACACUAGCUUUGUGUAAUGCUGACAUCUUCGGGGGCUGCCCUGUGGAGCACUCUGGAGAUAAGACCGCUUUAGAAUAAAGAAGUUCUUUUGAGACUUCCGUUACUAACCUGCUUUAAAGGGAGCUACUUUAUAACUGAAUUCUAUGCUGUUCAUACCUAGAGUUAAAAUAAGGGUCUAGUAUAUCCAAAUUUAAAAAAAAAAAAAAUUAAAAGUAAAAAAAGAAAAAAAAAAAGUCUUGAAGCUGGCCAUGUAUUUGAAUUGCAGUUUUCAGAUUGUGGCUUCAGACCCUGUGUCUCCCCAUUUAAGUAGCACCUUUUAAUAAAUACUGUUUCUUUGUGUAGGCAAAAGCACAAGUGUUUCAAAUGUAUAUAGCAGGAAAAAAAGAGUUUACAGAGAUAGCAUUGCUGCACAGGAUAAUUGCUACUGAGUAUUUCUUACAUCAUUUGUGGAAUUGAAAGAUGAGGUUUAUUCUGUCAAGUUCAUUCUGUUCAACACUGUUUCCCUAUUGUUUAUGUAUAGCAAUUGGGUGUUAUUGUUUUAUCAUUUGUAAAACUGUAAAAUAAAUUAAACCCUCCCCCUUU